AACCAUAAUAUUUUCAUCCUAGACUUCCUUCAUUUUUAUUCAAAUCAAAGACAAUGUGAUGCUGACCGUGUUUGAAUGAAUGCAGUACAUAAUGCUUAACAAAGGACUUUACUGUCCCAGAUGGAACUUCCCUGAUUAACACGAGCCACUUAAAAUACUAUAUAUAGGCACAUUAAAUGUUCAGUUCUCUUAAAUCAGUACAGCUGGAAACUACAGGAGGGUGUAUUCUGUCUGCAAAUCCGGCAUCAUCGACAUGGAGACUUCACCUUCACCUGAAAUACCGGAGCUUGAUUCUCCAGAUGAGAAUGAACAACAAAAUCAUCCAGUUGAAGAGAGGAGUGGAGUAUUCCUCAAACAAUGGGACUCGCAGGUGCGGCCCUUUAUUGAAAUGAUCGACUACCUGCGGCGUAUAGGCAUCGAGAAAGAGUUUGCCCUGCCGUCCAUCGCUGUUGUUGGAGACCAGAGUUCUGGGAAGAGCUCGGUUUUAGAGGCACUGUCUGGCGUGGGGUUACCCAGAGGCAGUGGUAUUGUCACUCGCUGUCCACUGGAGCUGAAAUUACGGAAGAUGCAUACAGGUGCAAAAUGGACGGCUGUUAUAUCUUAUCGAGACGUACAGGAGACGUUCACUAACCCUGCACAAGUGGAGAGUUAUGUCAGAAAAGCCCAGAAUGUUCUUGCUGGAGAUGGAGUUGGAAUCUGUGAUGAACUCAUCAGUUUAGAGAUCACAUCUCCCGAUGUGUGCGACCUCACACUGAUUGACCUGCCAGGUAUAACAAGAGUUCCUGUAAAGGGCCAACCUGAAGAUAUUGGAGAUCAGAUUAGACGCCUUAUAUUGAAAUUUAUUGAGAAGAAAGAAACCAUCAAUUUGGUUGUUGUACCCUGCAAUGUUGACAUAGCAACAACUGAGGCGCUGAGGAUGGCACAGGGUGUGGACACUCAUGGAACAAGAACUUUAGCAAUUCUAACAAAACCAGAUUUGGUGGAUAAAGGAGCAGAAGCUGACAUCUUACAGAUUAUGCAGGGUAAGGUUGUCCCCCUGAAAAAGGGUUAUAUCAUCGUACGAUGUAGGGGCCAGAGUGACAUCAAUGAAAACCUCUCCUUGGCUGAAGCCACGAGAUUGGAGACGGAAUUCUUUCGAAACCACAGCCACUUCAGCUAUCUUCUGGAAGAACAAAGAGUCACAACUCAGUGCCUUGCCAACAGACUCACCAAAGAGCUGGUUGAACACAUCAAGGCAUCACUGCCAUCCCUGACAGAACAGAUUCAAAUCCGUCUGUCUGCUGUUAGGAUAGAGCUGAGGAACUAUGGUCACGGUCCUCCUCUAGAGCAGCACAAGAUGGGACCUUAUCUGAGCAAGAGAAUCCUGGAGUUCAGCGACCAGAUCAGUGAGAUCUGUCAGACUGGAGGACAGGGAAACCUCUACUCACUCCUGCGGCCUGUGUUCAAGCAAUGGGAAUCCCAACUGAGAGACUCCAAAGCAUGCUUCAGAGACGCAGUGCAGGAGAUGAUGGAGAACUAUGAAGCAUAUCGUGGGAGAGAACUGAUAACAUUCAGCGACUACUCAGUGUUCGAAUCAUUGAUUCAGAAGCAUGUUAAUGACCUCAAACUACCAGCUGUGGAGACUCUGAAGACCAUUAGAGGCAUUGUACAAAGUGAGUUCAGAGCCAUGUGUGAGCUCUGCUUCCCAAAUUAUCCUCAUUUGAGGUAUAUGAUACUAAACCAGAUUGACGACAUUCAAUCAAAACAAGAGGCCAAAGUGGAGAAGAGGCUCCUUGAAUACAUCAACAUGGAGAAACUUGUGUACACCCAGGACCCCAUUUUCACACAGAAAUUGGUAGCCUUCCAGUUCGUGGAGCGGAGGCAGGAGUAUGAGUCUGUUUGCUUAGAUACUGGAGAGAAUGCAACCUCUGCCAACAACUGUGCUGUAUUUGACACCAGAAAGCUAACACCUGAAAAACUGAUCAUCUACUAUGAGAUCGUCUACCAGCGGCUUGCUGACUACGUGCCUAUGCUGGUCUUGCUGUUCAUGCUGAAAGAAGCUGCCAUUAUGCUGCGAGCAGAAUCCAUGAACCUGCGGGAUGGAACCGAUGUGUCAAAACUCCUGACUGAAGACUCAGAGGCAGGAAGAAAGAGGACAGAGCUAUAUCAGCGCAUGGAACGACUGCGGCAGGCGCAGGAGAGGAUCAGCAUUAACUUCUAA